AAAAUCAUUUAGUCUCACAUUGCAGUGUCUUGUGUUUGUGCGUGUUAAACACGAGCGGUAUCCGAAUAUUAAUCAAUCCAUAUACAAUCAGAGAAGAUUAGCUUGAACCACUCCAGGUGCAGACUCCAAAGGACCAACCCCAUAAUUAAAAUUCCGGAUUAAUUCGAUUCAUAAAUUUCCAUAAAUUUCGAUCAAGCAGUCCAACAAUAGGACAAGUUGCUUUGAGCUGACAUGCCAUCAUCAAAAGGAUCUGGAUACCUGAAGCGAGCCAAUACUGAACGUCUCCAUGAGAUUUUCAAUCAGUAUGCUUCCCAGAAGAAGAAUGGGGACCGGUUCAUGACCCCGGCUGACUUUGUACGGAGCUACCUUGGCCUCUACACAGAUGACGACUACAAUCCCGAUUCCGUUAAUUUAUUGGCAGGCAUCGUCGACACCAGCAAAGAUGGGCUCAUAUCAUUCGCAGAGUUUCAAGCAUUCGAGGGGCUUCUCUGUGUACCCGACGCUCUUUAUAAAACGGCCUUCCAGUUGUUUGACACUAAUGGAAAUGGAAUGGUUGCAUUUGAUGAAUUCGCUGAGGUGAUGAAGAAAACAGAACUCCAUCAGAGAAUGCCAUUCAACAUGGAGAGCAGUUUUAUCAAAUUGUACUUCGGGAAAGAUAAAAAAAGACUAAUUAGUUAUGCAGAGUUCAGUCAAUUCUUGCACGAUUUUCACGAGGAAUAUGCCACCGAGGCGUUCAAGAAAUUUGAUAAAAAUGGCGAGGGUUUCAUAUCCACAUCGGAUUUUCAAGAUAUAAUGCUCAAUAUCAAGAGCCAUCUACUCACUAAAGACCUCAAAGAAAAUCUCGGCGCGGCAGUGGGCACUAGUGGAGGAAGAAAAGUCAGUUUUCCCUAUUUCAUGGCAUUCAAUUCACUUCUCAAUAACAUGGAGCUCAUUAAGAGAAUCUAUCUGAAUGCAACGGGUGGGCAUCGGUAUCAGGAGGUCACCAAGGAGGAAUUUCUACAUUCAGCCCAAAUGAUGUCACAGAUAACUCCACUCGAAGUUGAUAUUCUAUUCCACUUGUGUGAGCUUCUUCAUCAAAGUGGGUACGUAAACCGUCUUGAUGAUGAAAAUAACACGGAAUUGGAAUUUUAAUCAAUUUCAAAUUGCAGGAAAAUUGUUUAUAAUGAUUUGGUGGCCAUCACUCCAGAACAGUAUUUCAAACACAUUACCAGGCGUCUAGCGUUGCUGAAGGCUGUCUCGAGUCCUGAAGAGCGAGGAGUGGUAACCCAAAUCCUCGAGAGCAGCUAUCGUUUUGUUCUGGGAUCGAUUGGUGGUGCUGUUGGUGCAACAACAGUAUACCCAAUAGACCUGGUAAAAACGCGAAUGCAGAAUCAAAGGACCGGUUCAUUCAUCGGUGAACUCAUGUACAGGAAUAGUUUCGAUUGCUGCAAAAAGGUAAUCAGGCAUGAAGGAUUUUUUGGUCUUUAUCGAGGUCUGGUGCCACAGUUAAUGGGAGUAGCCCCCGAAAAAGCUAUUAAAUUGACGGUCAAUGAUUUUGUCAGGGAUAAAUUCGCUGAUAAAAAUGGAAAUCUACCUCUUCUUGGAGAAAUUAUUUCUGGUGCUUGCGCUGGAGGUUCUCAAGUUAUUUUCACAAAUCCCCUAGAAAUCGUGAAGAUCAGACUCCAGGUAGCUGGUGAAAUCGCUGGAGGAUCUAAAGUCCGGGCUUGGGCUGUUGUAAAGGAGCUGGGGCUCUUCGGUCUGUACAAAGGAGCAAGAGCUUGUUUUCUACGUGACGUACCAUUUAGUGCCAUUUACUUUCCCAUGUACGCUCAUACAAAAGCAAAACUCGCCGACGAAGGUGGAUAUAAUACUCCCCUGUCACUCCUGGCAGCUGGAGCAAUCGCUGGAGUGCCAGCUGCGGCUUUGGUCACACCGGCCGAUGUUAUUAAAACCAGGUUACAGGUUGUCGCACGAGAGGGUCAGACCACCUACAACGGCCUCGCAGACUGUGCUAGAAAAAUAUGGAAGGAGGAGGGAGCUAGGGCCUUCUGGAAGGGUGCCACAGCUCGAGUGUUUAGAUCUUCCCCCCAAUUUGGAGUUACAUUGUUCACGUAUGAACUACUGCAGAGGCUGUUUGUCGUUGAUUUUGGAGGGACGCGACCAACGGGAUCAGAGCAGAAAGUACCAUCGACUGGAGUUGCGGACGAGAUAAAAUCAACGAAUCCAGACCACAUAGGUGGCUACGAAGUUGCUAUCCCGAUUCUCACUGGAAUUGAAACGAAAUUCGGCUUGUGUCUGCCAAGGUUUCAAGCAGCACCGCGACACCAGCAUAAGUAAUCAAUGUUCAGGAUGAAAAUGUAGUGUGGAGAGGAAAUGAUCACUGACUAUCAUACAGCAUACUCUUACACCAACAAGAGGGAGGGAGAAUAGUGUUCGUAAGCUUUUCAUCUGUCAAGGGAAAAGCCUCUAUAUCGUGUACCUCGAAGGAGAAGAUGAAGGAAAUAAUUCUCAUCCAAUUUAACCCUCCCCCAUAAACGUUUCCGCCACGGGAUGCGACUCACUAGCUAAAUGUACAUAUAU